AUGGUCGGUGUGGGCUUUGAGGAAAGAAACGAGGACAAGGACAGGAUACGAGGAGACGAGACCGCGGGGAGGAUAUACAAGACGCUUAGCAAGAGGACCAUGUACGGACCCUUUCAAGACGGCGGCGAGGUCGGACGAGAGCGAGAUCGAUGGGAGCAGGAUGCACCGAAGACAGAACUUGAAAUUACAUACGAAACACGGAAGAAUACCGACGAAAACCCACCAAGAUACCACGGCCUCGCACGGACCGACGAUCGACAUCCCGGGCUACGAAAGAGAGAGGAUGGGAUCCAAAGCCAGAAGAGGAAAGAGCAAACGGCGAUCUCGACCCCACCGACCCUGCUGGCAAGACACGACGUGACGGCCUCUGAGCGCCAAGGUCUGAAACGUGCACCUGAACCUCCGAGACGAGCGGUGGCCGCCAUGUCGGGAUUAGGGUCUCGAAGCGGACCUGAUCUCCCAAGACCAAACGGCGGCCACGAUGGCGAAGCUUUCCUCUUUCAAGAGCCUCCUCCUCCUCCACUCUCUCGCGAUGCGACAGCGAUGGCGAGCGAUGGUGCGAUCAAACGUUCAAGAGGCGCCAGCGAAGAGGCCAACGGGAGCGAGCACGGGUCACGGGUAGCAUCGAGUAUAUUGGAAACGGGCAUCGCAAGCGAGAUCAACGUCAAGAGAGCAUCGAUAGAAGACCCCGAGAAGAGCGGCCAGGAGACUUUGAUUGACAGGUAUCGAAUGGGGGUUAACGCGCUUUCGAUGACUGAACGGCAAGCUCUCGAUAGGCAGGAACGGACGGCCUUUGGAGCCCGGGCGGGUAUUGUCGACGUUUUCGGAAGUGAUCUCGCUAGGGACGUCGGUGGUCAGGCUGUGCUCGGAACCUUGGAUCUCGCCAAGUGA